CAACAAAGUUAAAUACUAUUCAGCAUUUCUAACCAAAGCUCGUCAAAUUUACGGUAUAUUGCAUAUAUUCUCAGGGAAUACCCAUAAUUUUAUAAACAACACAGUGCGCAAGUCCAUCACAAGUGCCGGCGCAAAAAAAAACGAAAGAAUACUAAGCAGCCAGCAAACAAUCAGCAUUCUGCAUGGUACAUUGGCAUCUGUAGAGAAUGCAGUCAGACAGUUAAACUUUUCUCUUCGACGUAUAUAAACAAAUUUCGAGAGCGUGGAAAAGCCGGAAAACCAAAUACGCAGACAAUUCAAUAAAAAAAUACAAGCAAACAGUUCAGCAAGUUAGCCUGGGAAACACAUCUAAAAUUAACAUAAACAUUCAAAAUAAAAGAAAACAAUUAAAGCAAGAAAAUCUACAUAUUUUGAAUGCACGCGUUACUUGGCAAGUGCAACCACAGUUUGCUUAAGCAUACUUAUUAAGAAGACGUGAAAAGAAACAAACGUAAAAGUAAAAGUUGAUAUUGAUGCAAAGGCGUCUAUAAAUCUUAAAUGGCUUUGACUGUUUGUGUGGUUGCGCAUUGUUAUCGGGAUGGAUCAGCGUUUUAUGGAUUUUUCUACGCUUGCGAUGGAGCAGAAAAACGGAUAUGUCACGCGAUUUAUUGGCGGAUGUGUACCUGUAGCAUAAAUAUCACUUGCUACCUUUUCCAUUCGCUAGCAAAUUGCAAAAGGGUUCAUUUUAUUGAUUUUAUUUGCCAUUUGAAGCUAUUUAUUGCUUCAAGCACUUAAUGUGUGUAUGCGUGUGUGAUUUGUUGUGCAGCCUGCAUGUGUAUUAAUUAUUUCCGCCGCAUAUUACGCAAGAAUAUUUGGUUAAAUAAUUCCUAAACCUAAAUAAAUAUUUUACAUUGUGGUGAGGUAAAAAAGUCGCCAAAACGCCGUACCAAACGAAAAUGGAGCGCAAAUUGCUAUACGCCUUUCGGGGCUGGAUAGCAUUUGUUGCUUUUAUGGAUUUGGGAACAGCAUUUCGUAGUUAUAUAGAGAGACGGAGCUUUCUUGGGGAUCAUACGGAUACUCAAUUUAUCGAAGGAGAUUAUACAAUAUCCCGCAUAAUUGGCAUGUAUUGUUUGCUUAAAGCAAUUGCAUUAGUUCAUUGCACGCUCUACAUUCACUAUAGACCAGUUGUUAGCAUGGGUGGCUGCUCAUUGGCUUUAACCAUGGUUCUUUAUGCUUCCGAAGCUUUAUACUUUCGUUCGAGUACGUUGAACUUUUAUGUGAUCUUCCCCUGCGUUCUAAAUUCAAUUACAUUAAUUGGACUCAUUUACAUACCCAAACGUUUACGCUUGUGGGAGCCCAGCUCAGAUAUGGACGAUGAAAACUCGCAAUUACUAAAGCAAAUGACUGGUUUCAAACGACGGCGCACGAAAAAACAAAUAUAAAAUUUGGAAAAAAAUUAAAGAACAAAUAUAUUAUAGUGAUAUUUUCAUGAAUACAAAACAUUUAGAAGCACUUUAAUGGAAUUUUUUCAAAUAUGAUUAUCAGUAUAAAACAGGAAAACAUAUUAAAAAUUACAUUACAGUAUUAGUUUGAACAAUUAAAAUCUUGCAUGAUUUUAAGAGCAGCAACUAUUCAAGAUUUAUUUACAUGUAUGUAAAUAUAUUAAUCACUUAAUAUUGUGUUGGCAAAACAUUUCAAUUUUAUAGUAUUAAGAAACUUGUAAAACUACUGGCAGUACAUGGAACUAAGUAAAAAUUAUCAAUUCAAAUACAAAUAUCAUGUAUGUAUGUACAUAUAUUGUACAACACUUAUUAUCAAAACUUUCCAAUAAAAGAAAAAUCGAAAAAAAAUACAUUUAUGUAACUUGGAUUAAGCACAUCGUCAAUUUAAACAUAAAAUAACAAUACGCACUUUAUAUCACGAUACAUAUGAAAAAAUACACCUUAGAAACCGUAUUUAACUUUGGCUAAAUUAAACUAUUAAAGCAUGCGGCAACAUAAAAAAGCAUAGUCAGAUAUAUAGCCAUUUUAAAUUAGAACAUCUUUAAGAUGAUAAAGCAAUAAUAGAAUAAGCCUGUAGUU